AUGAGUUUUUCCCAGUUAUCCACAGCAAGCUUCUCCCAAUUCUCUGAGAGAUUCAGUCUUGAUAGACUAAGAUCCGAAGCCGGGUCUCUUCAGAACAGAUUUGCCAAUGUUCGUCCACCACAAGAGUUCUUUGACGUGAAACGUAUCUCUAAGCCACAAAACUUUGGGGACUUACAGUCCAGAGUCACGUAUAACCUGGGCUACUUCUCAACGAACUACCUGUUGAUUGUCUCCAUGCUCUCUGUGUACUCUCUUUUGACUAAUUUACUCUUGCUAUUUGUCAUUGUCUUUGUCAUUGCAGGUGUUUAUGGUAUCGGAAAGUUAGGCGGCGCUGAUUUGGAAAUCGGUCCUUUGAGAUUGACAAACUCCCAGCUUUAUACCGGGUUGCUGGUUGUAUCUGUUCCGUUAGGGUUCUUGGCCUCUCCAAUCUCCACCAUUCUCUGGUUAAUUGGUGCUUCAAGCGUCACUGUCCUAACCCACGCUUCCUUCUUGGAGAAGCCAGUUGAAACCGCCUUCGAAGAGGAGACCGUUUAA